CCUCAUUCACCUGUGCAGAGUAACUCUCCCUCUUCGCCUCUUGUUUCAGAGAUUCAGGAAGAAGGACAAGGUGGCAGGAACACCAAUCCGCAUGUUCCUGUUACUGAAACUCCAAGAACGGAGCAAAGGUCCCCUGUUACUGGAUUGGAAGGAGAAACAGAGCAGGUUGAUUCGUCUGCUCAACAUUCAGCUGCGGACCUGUCGCUAGAGGGUGGAAGUUCGAAUGGGAUUACCAAAAAAAGAAAAGGAAGAGGACCAGGAAAGGGUGUCAAGCCUGGACACAACCUGUCCCUGGAAUUUCACGAUAACAGGAUAAUUACCACUCAAGCAGCCCGUGAAAUUUCAGCUAUCUUCAAAAGGAGCAUAAAUGGGCCUUGGAUUACGUUCUCAAAGUAUCCUGCAUCAGAGCUGGAGACUUUGAUAGCUCGUUGCAAGGACUCAGGAUUCACUUACACUGGGUCAGAAGAGACUUUCAACGAUAUGGAAAUGAGUGAUAAGAAUAAAGGGAAUCGGGAGAAGAGUGAGCUUGCAGCCACUGGCGGUUCAGCACCGUUGGCCAAGUACAGACAUGAAGAGAUAAAACAAACUGGAAAAGAACCUGAUCUGAUCGAGAUGUUUAGACGUUUCCAUGUGAAGAAGGACAAGAACUGGGUUUCGUCAAAAGCAAAACCCCUGCAUGAUGGAAAGAUAGAAGCAGAGGCUGAAAAGGUAUCCCAAGGGGAAGAACCAAACAGAUUUGUCAUCUAUCAAGAAGUGAUCGGACCACAACGCCCAAAGCGUGUUAUAGGGAUGGGCCAUGGGGUGAGCUCGGUUGAUGUCUUCGGUCCCGCAUCGAGUCAAGAGGAUCGAACCAAAGAAAGGGGGAAAAUGAUGAGAAAAUGAAGAAGUUGGAGGAUGAUAUCGUAGAUGUGAGGAAUGCAGUCCCUCGCAUUGUUGAAUCUGUCUUGCAGAGACUUGGAGUGCGGCUGCCCGAGUCAUUUGACAUGGAUCUCAACAGUGAAGCAAAUGGGGAACAUGGUCGAGUUGGGAAAACUCAGGGUAACGAUGUGGUCGGCGACGAGUCCGACGAGUCCGAUGAGGAGACUGCCAACGAUACUGUUGCUGCAUGAAUUUCUUUUAAUGCUAUCGUAGGAUUCUAAGUAUCGCUUGACUUUGAGAUAUUUUGUGUCAUUUUCGGAGGAUAUUUUGCCUUUUGAAGUUUGGAUGUUUGGUCGUAGCUGAUGGC